GUCACAUAGCAAGCGCAAUUCCAAAACUGCUGUUAACAGGAAGAUACUGUAUUUAUGUGAUUUAUAGCAGUUAGCGAUUAUAGGAAGAAUCAAUGUAUGGGCAUCGCAUACCUUCUUUUGCUAAAACCUGUAAUACUGAAAUGAGCUCGACGCUGUUUUGGAGCACAUGUAUUUAGAAAUAAAAUCAUCAAUUGAAAUAUUUGUCAUAAAUACUAAAUAAUACCACUUUGAUCACUUUUUCCAUACAUGCAGGCCAAUACUCCAAACUCGGGCACUGGUGCAUCUGAGGAUGAGUGGAAGCCUGAGGAUUACAGGCCAAGCAAGCAAAAUAUUAAUGACAUCAAGACACCUAAGGGGAAUGAGCCGGUGCCGAUUGGAGAGGGAUACGCAACAGUGCCAGCCAGGGUCCUUAAGCAAAUUGAUUGGAGAUCAUACACUAGUGCGACAAGGAAACUGUUGACUUCGGUGUUUACACGCCGAGAGUUAGCGACUCAUUCAUUGACCGGGAAAUCUUCUCCUGCCUUCCCGGGAAAACCUGCGAAGAAACGUCUCGAUCCCGAGCUCGUCAAUGACAUCGUGCAGAUUGUCGUUGAAAAAUCAAAGGUCAACGCAAGCUUGGUGCGGAAAGGAGGUGGAAAUCUACACGGCUAUGCAGAUGCAGAUUGGGCCAACUGUCCUGUAGAUCGUCGUUCAUAUACUGGAUUUUACUUCUCAAUGUCCGGCGGAGCUAUUUCGUGGCAGAGUAAGAAGCAAUCCAGUACUGCUCUUUCAUCAAGUGAAGCUGAAUUCUUAUGUUUGACGAGUGCGGCGAAGGAUGCUGUGUUUUUGAGACGGUUGAUGUUUGAAGUCACAGUAAAAUAUGUCGGUUCAGUCGUUUCACGCAUCUUACUCAUCCAUGGAGCUUAA